UGAUGGUGAUGAUGACACUGCCAUCUAGCGGAAAUACCAUACAACACAUCAUGGCCUCAACCACUGGCUGACUACCAUUUUUUUUUCUUCUUGACGGGGAUUUCCUGAGGAAGUAAGACCAAAGCAAAGGGGGCUUUCCAACCACUAGACAUCAAGACAAGAGCAAGUCAGCAGCGGCUGCUUUUUCUGCUAUAUUCCCGUAUGGAAUUUAGUACAUUUCCUUUUAACAUUCUGUUUUUAAAAUGUCAGCUACCGAUCAAAAGCCUCUAGCUGCCUGUUUUAAAACCGGCAGUGUUUGGUCGUUUUCAUUGUAAGCGGUUACAUUGUGGUGUUGAUGAACGUGCCAUUCAUCGAAGCUCCAUUUGUAACAUUGUAGCUCCUGGAAAACGGCGUUGCGUUGGCCCACGUUAUAUCUGAUUCAUGUCAUGUCAGCAGGGCGGAAUGCGGACGGGCGGGAGCUGCAGAUCCCCCUCCAGCAAUGCGCUCUCUCCCUGGCCGCUCUCUCCCUGGCCCAGCGCCCCUGGCCCAGCGACCACGUGGCAGGCUUCCUACCCCAGCACGGGGGCUUCAGGGACCACUUCGUAGCCACCCCGGAACCCAAGUACUGCUGUGAGUCCUGCAAGCUGGUGCUCUGCAACCCCAGGCAGACAGAAUGCGGACACAGGUUCUGUGAAACCUGUAUCUCUGAUCAGCUAAGCAAACCGAAUCCAGUAUGUCCAGAAGAUAAGGAACCUCUGUUCAAAGACAAGGUCUUCCGUGACGUAUGCUGCCAUAGAGAGAUCAUGGCUCUGAGAGUGUACUGCAGGAGUGAAAAGAGCGGCUGUAAGGAGCAGAUCAGUUUACAGCAGGUCAUGGAUCAUUUAAAUGUGUGUCCGUAUUUUGAGGUGCCAUGCCCUUUGGGAAAGUGCAAAGAGAAGAUGAUGCGCAAAGACAUUCCUGAACAUUUGAGUUGCAAAUGUAAACACAGGGAGACCACCUGUGAAUUCUGCAUGCAGAAGAUGGCCAUGACUGAGUUACAGAAACACAAAGACACCGUUUGUCCUUCAUUUCCGGUGGCCUGCCCCAAUCAUUGUACUUUCCCCUCCAUCUUACGGAGCAAACUGACGAGUCAUCAACACGAGUGUCCCAAGGCUCAUGUCACCUGCUCCUUUAUUCGCUUUGGAUGCAAUUUCAAGGGUCUCAACCAAGACAUGAGGGACCAUGAAUCUAGCUUUGCCUCUGAACACCUGCGGUUGAUGGCAACCAGAAACACUACACUGGAGGCCAAGGUGGAGGAUGUUAAAGGAGAGCUUCUGGAGCGGUACAAGGUUCUGCCGGGCCUGAGCAGCCGUCUGUCUGAAACAUUGUCUCACUACGAGGAGAUGAGGGAGAAGAAUAGACAGCUGGACCAGAAACUCAAUACCAUGCAGGAGUUGAUGAGUUCCCACUCUGAGAAGCUUCUGGAGAUGGAGCUGGAGCUGAGGUCUCUGAGGUCUGUCCGAGAGGAGGUGGAGACCCUCCGAGGAACCGUGGAGAGCAUCCGCUCCAGAGUCGCCACUCUAGAAGGAGGGCGGGGCGGGGCCAACCCAGCCACACACACACUAGAGACACAGCUCUCCCGUCACGACGACAUGCUGAGCGUCCAUGAGAUCCGACUAGCAGACAUGGACCUGCGCUUCCAGGUCCUAGAGACUGCCUCCUUCAAUGGGAUGCUCAUCUGGAAGAUCCGUGACUACAAGCGGCGGAAACAAGAAGCCGUGGCGUCAAAGACCCUGUCUCUCUACAGCCAGCCUUUCUACACUGGCUACUUUGGCUACAAGAUGUGUGCCCGGGUCUACCUGAACGGAGACGGCAUGGGGAAAGGAACCCACUUGUCGCUGUUCUUCGUGGUGAUGCGUGGCGAGUACGAUGCCCUUCUGCUCUGGCCCUUUAAGCAGAAGGUGACCUUGAUGCUGAUGGAUCAGGGCCCAGCCAGAAAGCACUUAGGGGAUGCCUUUAAACCAGACCCCAAUAGCAGCAGCUUCAGACGGCCCACGGCAGAGAUGAACAUAGCCUCAGGCUGCCCGCUGUUCGUGGCCCAGACUGUGCUGGAGAACGGUACUUACAUCAAGGACGAUACCAUCUUCAUUAAGGUCACAGUAGAUACGUCUGACCUCCCUGACCCCUGACCUAUGGUCUGUAGAGAACAGCAGAUGUAUCCGGAUCAGUUUUAUCUGUCAGAGGGAAAGGUGCCCUUAUGUGAGAGCGAUGAAAUGGAGUAAAAAAGGAAGCAGAAUAAGGUUUCUUUGCAGAUCUCAGUGUGUAGCCUAAGCCUGUAGAAAGAGCAGAGUGGACCUCCGAGCAGUAGCCUUUGGUCCCUUUGUUGCUCACCAGAGAGGUGUGAGGAUUAUUUUUCAACAAGGGAGAUAUGUCACAAGCAGGGUUGGGUAGGUUACUUUCUAAAUAUCAUCCGUUACAGUUACUAGUUGCCUUUCCAAAAUUGUAAUCAAUAACGUAACUUUUGGAUAACCCAAACGCUUUGUUACUUUUAGAUUAUUUUCCCCUUAAGAGGCAUUAGAAGAAGACCGAAAUGUAUGUUACCAAUUGAACUACAUCUAUUGCAGGAUAAAUCUAUAUUAAAGUUUACAUAGCUGGCGUUAUAUGGAUGUUACAUUUUAC